CCGCGCCGCUGCCGGCCCACGCCGCCGGCGCCGCCAUGGCGUACCCGUUCUCCCUGCCGACGUACCUGAGCUCGGAGGUACCGCCGCAUCAGUACCAUUACGUGCCUCACGCGCACGUGCAGCCCAUGGGCUUUCACGGCCUUCACAUCUCGAUCUCGGCGCUGCAGCCACAUCCGGGCAUGUCGGCCGGCCAGCUGCUGCCGCCGCUGAUGUCCGGCAUGGCGACGGACGAGCAUUACCUGUACCUGAUGUCGCAACUGGAGUCUGCCCGGCAUGGCGGCGCGCAGCCGGGCGCCUCGCGCACUCAGAUCGAGCGCAACACACUGCCGCACCGCUACAAGCAUCAGAAAACGAGGACGGAGACGGGCGACAUCGAAAAGUGCACCAUUUGUCUUUCCGAGUUCGAGGACGACGAGUGCGUGAGGCGGCUGCCCUGCAUGCACCUGUACCACAUCGACUGCGUGGACCAGUGGCUGGCCACCAACAGGCGCUGUCCCAUCUGCCGUGUCGACAUCGAGGCUCACUCGAGCAAGGCUCAGCUGGGCCUGUAGCCGGCCCGCCGCCCGUCCCUCGGCGUGCCCUGGCGGUGGUCGGCUCGGAGCGCCGGAGCCGUGCGGUCCAAAGAAGCGCGUCCGCGCGGCGCACGCACGCGAGCGCGUUCGAUGUCAGCUCGGCCUG